GAAACCCGUCAGGAAGAACACACACACACACAUACACACACACACAAAAACAGAGAGGAAGACGGCGUGAAUUGAAAACAAUUGACAUUAAGUUUUCCGAAAGACGGAUAAAAUCGGAAUUACAGCCUUUUUUGUACUAGUAAAUGGGUAACUUAAAGAUAACAGUCAAGAGAGAAGGACAACUCAGCCCCACUUAAAUGUGCUGCUAAACCUCUGUAUUAAAAAACAAUUACUUUUUUAUGUUUAAAAUCAAAUAUCCUCCAAAGAUUGACGAAAAGAUAGGGCGACUGAGACCAAGGAGGUGGCAGAAAAGUUUCCGUCAAGGAACUGAAGAUCUGUGCUCUGCAAUGCCUCAGCCCAGCAUUAGCGGAAUGGAUCCUCCCUUUGGGGAUGCCUAUCAAAACUGCUCUUUUACUGACCAGGCACUGACCAGCACAGACCUGUUGGCUAACAGUUCUGACCCUGAUUUCAUGUAUGAACUGGAGCUUCAAAGAAGACGGAGAAAGCCAGAGUCUUGUGCCCUGCGUUUAUCAGUAUCCUUAUGUUCGUUGGGUGAAAAAGAAAACUCAAUAAACAAAGAUCGGGACAUGACUUGUCGCCAGAGCCCUAGAGGAGAUAUUUUCACAGUCGGAGACUGCAAAGACUUAGACAGCAUGGAUCAUCUACCUGAGCUAGCAGACAACGACCCUGCUUAUAGCUCAAACUUUGAGCAGUGGGACACAUACUGGGAGGACUUGACGAAAUACACUCGCCUCACCAGUUGUGAUAUCUGGGGCACAAAGGAAGUUGAUUUCUUGGGCCUUGAUGACUUUUCUAGCCCUUACCAGGAUGAGGAGGUGAUAAGCCGGACGCCGACCCUGGCCCAGCUCAACAGUGAGGACUCGCAGCCAGUUUGUGACACUCUUUACCAUCCGGAUUUGCUGGUGGGUCAAAAGCAGCUUUUGUUUCCACCUCCCACCAUGGCCAAAAAGACCAACAAACUCAGCAGCUCUGCAAACAGCGCCUCAUCUAGUCGCAACCUUCUGCCAGACUUUCCUGAGGGAUCCCAGAAAGCUACCUGGCCUGUUGCCUCCAGCACUGACACAAUGGCCAAGGCCCAGCUUCAAGGCCCUAGCAAAGCCUCUCCCGCACUUCUGGACAACAUGGAUUAUGUGCGCAAAGCCAGGGUACGCAUCAGCUUACCACGAAAGCCUAUAGUAGAGAGCUCCACCCAGAUUAGCAUUUCUGCCUCUCCCCUUAUCCAGGAGCAUGAGUCAUCAGCUUCGCAGAUCAGCGAGGAUCCAGCCGUCGUUGUUGCAAACACGGCAUCCUCCAUUAGCUGCGAAAAGAGAGUGGAGACACCUAAACGUGAGGUACCGACUUGUCCUGGUGCAGAAAUAGGGACCCUGAAGACCGUGCCACACACACUGCACUUCCCUGCAACUGCCGAAAGUGAAACCUUGCUCACCGUGAAUGCCCUUGGAUCCGACGCGUCUGCCGCUGACAAAAAGGAGGAAGAGCACAACUACUCUUUAUUUUUAACCAGGGCCAGGCUGGCAGGGGAGGCGACUGCUGACAUGGAAGAGGAGGAAGAAGAGGAGGAAGAAGGCGAAGAAGAGGAAGAAGAGGAGGAGGGAUUGGAUCUAGAUGAUGAAGACCAUGAUGAAGGGUUUGGCAGUGAACAUGAGCUCUCGGAGAAUGAAGAGGAAGAUGAGGAGGAGGAGGACGACGAUGAGGACUAUGAGGGUGACAAAGACGACUACGUUAGUGAUGCAUUCUCAGAGCCAGGAUGUGACAUUGACAUGGCUGAUGAUGUCAAAGGCCUGACGGCUGGAAUUUCCAGAAAGAGGGGAAAGCGUCGAUACUUCUGGGAGUACAGCGAGCAGCUCAUCCCAUCUAAACAGGAGCGCAUGCUGAAACCAUCCGAAUGGGACAGAGACACGCUUCCCAGCAACAUGUACCAAAAGAAUGGCUUGCACCAUGGAAAAUACACACUGAAGAAGUCGCGGCGGACGGAUGUGGAAGAUCUUACUCCAAAUCCUCGAAAGCUUCUUCAGAUUGGCAAUGAACUCCGGAAACUCAAUAAAGUCAUUAGUGACCUGACGCCGGUUAGUGAGUUACCCCUAACCGCUCGGCCUCGCUCUCGUAAGGAGAAAAACAAACUUGCAUCCAGGGCCUGCAGGCUGAAAAAAAAAGCGCAGUAUGAAGCCAACAAAGUCAAGUUAUGGGGCCUUGGAACUGAAUAUGAUCGUUUGCUGUUUGUGAUCAAUGCAAUCAAAGAAGAGAUUGUCAGCAGAGUACAGGAUAUCUCACAUGACAAAGGAAAAAGCAUGACAGAGAAGCUGGAUAAACUCAUUGAGGAUACCAUAGUGCAGCCACCAGUGGCCGGCCAGACUUCAGACUUUGUGAAUCAGAUCCUGGAGAACACUGGGAAAGGAGAUCCCACCGGAGGGCUGGUGGGGUUGCGUGUGCCCACGUCGAAGGUGUAGAGUCAUGCCGACUGGCGAAGCCAUCCACGCCAUUCUUGUCCCACACUGUAACGGCCCGACACUCUGCAUGCCCAUUUCACUUGGAGACGCAUCCUCACAUUUAAAGUGAAUACAUGCAUACGAUACCGCUUGUCCGUGCAUACGUAUGUGUAUAUUCACCUUGUGCGCACCAAUGGAAAUGCAACUAGUAGUUAACCUUUGCACUCAGUAGUCCAUUUCCUACCAUGUGUGCAUGUGGCUGGUGGUAUUGUUUAACAGGCCGCCAUUUUGCAAAUAUUAAAAGCCAAUAUACGAGAUACCUCCAACAAAUGAGAAAAAGAGAGAGAACAUAGCUAAACAAUGAGCACCAGUUCUUGCUGUAGCAAUUUUUUCUCUUGCGUCCAGCUAAAUCUGUCAGAUGCCCAUUGAGAGUUUUGGGAAGCAGAGGCACACUCUGCAGAGAAACUACGAAGGCAUUAGUUCCUUUGAUUUGGCAGUCAAAAAGGUGUAAAUGCAGACUUUGCAAGUUUUUGAACAUGGCGUGUACGAUUUGACCCUUGUUAGGCCUACUUUAUACACUUAUUAAGUGUCCGGGGGAAUUCCUGUUUGAAGCAAUUGUUGUGAUGAUCAAUUGAGAUGCAACAACUACAACAAGGCAAACGCGAAGGAAUACAAAUACUGAUAUUUAACACAAAGUUACUGAUGUUUGGUGUAUAUAUGUAGAACAGGGAUGUUUCAAGAGAGUAGCAUGUGAGGAAGCGGGCCUCAGAUGCCCUUUCCCACAGAUCUGCGAUCGUCUCAGGUUGGUAAGAGAGAAAGAGAGUGUGUGAGUUUUUUUUUCCUUCUUCUUUCUUUGACUUGAGCAUAUGGUCAGUUAAAUCCCUUAUUGUAAAUAUGCAGAUUGAUUGAUUAUUAUCCACUGGUGAAAUCUUUUCCUUUCUACGCCUUUGAUGUUGUUUUGCAAAUUCUCAGCGAAAGAGGCUUAAAAAGCUGAAUCCCAGAUUGGGUUUUGUUUAUAUUUGUACUUUAUACAAGUAAGAUUCAUUGUGCCUUGUAAUCGUGGAGUUGAGGAAAAAUAAAACUCGAUAGAGAGCGCAAAUGGACCAUUUUGCAGAAAUACUCUGAAUGUACAUAGGAACGUGGAGAAUAUAGAUAUAUGCCACAGAGUCUGUGCUUUGUAUCAUAAGAUGGCUCUGGCCAAUUUUUUGGGGUACUUCGGGGGGUGGGCCGUGUCGUAAUAUAAGAAAUAUUCACAUAUUAAAAAAAAAAAAUAUAUGAUAUUUGCACACUAUAUUUUGAUUGUUUUGUUUUUUGUACCAAAGACACAUGCAACUUAAAAAUGGCAACUAGCCAGUCUAAGUAAGGUUUUGCACAGCUUAGCUAACACCGUUUUGAAUGUAGGAAAAAUGGUAGGGUCAGGGAUUUCUAAUGAACUGUGAAAUUUGCUUGGGUCCAAAUCUUUGCAGAAAGAAGCGUUCAUUUGCAUCCUCGUAAAAUUUUGUACUGUUCCUUUUGUUCUCAUAAAUAUCUCUACCACCAUUUGGUUUCCCCCGACGGAAGUUUUGUCGCGUAUUUAAAAGAAGAGCUAUAAAUUUCUAAAAUCUAUUUUGCCCAUAGAAGAUAUUGUCACGAAACCAAAAGGUUUACUAUUCUUUCUAUAGUUGUAGAGGAGAGUGCAUAUACAAAAAUGAUACAUGUCAUUGUCUUGUUUAGAGUUUGAAUACGCAUUAAUCUGUGCAUACAUUAAAGAUGCUACCUUCUGAAAUACGAUGUUACUCAUUAAUGUUAAUGAAACAUUUCUAUGCUUGUCUUCUUACUAUUGUUGAAAGAAAAAAUUAAUUGCGUAUAUAUUUUUGUAGAGAUUGCCUUUAUAUUUCCUUUCUGUGCUAUCCACAGAUCUCUCUUUUGAAAGCACUUAUCUUGCUAAAGGACAUCAGAUGAUCCUUUGCAAAUCGUUUAACGAUAGAUUGUUGGUCAAUAUCUUAAUUUAAAAUUGCAUUUAACACAAUCUUAUGUAUACCUUAUCUAUACUUAAUUGACUGUAACAAUCUCACAAUAAAAGCCCAGGUAAUUUUUAACCCCAGUAUCAAAAGAAGAAAAAAAUCAUAAAUUAUAUUUUGCAUAAAGUGAAGCCUAUAAAAAAAUGCACUUUACACUCAAAUUCUCAAUACCAUAGUUCAAACAAUUCAAAACCGCAUUACCGUGAUGUAUACUUACAAUUGUACUUUACGAUUACGUUAAGUAAAAUGAGAAUUACUUCAAUGAGAAUUGAAGAGGAAAGGUGCUUAACUGUGAUGAAAAUAAUGUCAUAAAAACUUAAAUAGUCCGGCUCCAUUUUCAUUAUGAAAAAGAAAAGUUCUUAUUUGAGUUGUGACCUGUGUUUUCGUGAGAUUUCCUUGCCACCAAAAUCUCAAGCUGCUGCGAGUUUGUUCGUUCUGUAAAAUCUCUUCCAAGUGGAAUUGUUAAUAGUUUGCUAAAGGCCUUUUAAAAGUGACUUUGUUCUUGAUGCUUGAUCAAAGAAGGGAGAAUAUUUUUUCCUUUAAAAUCUAAACUAAGAGUUUUGUAAAGCUAUGUUUCUUUGCUUUUAGUAGCAUAGUAAAGAUUCUAUAUACCGUCCAUUGUUGAAUUUUUUUUUCUACUUUUUGUUUGUACAUAGACACGAACUCAAAUUUAUUCUAAAUGUGGAAAAUAUAUACAGUAUAUAUCUAUAAAUGUAUAUUACAUGUAAGAAUGCAAAAGCACUUUGUCUAGACACAAAAAAAACAAACAAAAAAAAGCUUUCCCCCUCCCAUUUGCUGCUAAACCGACCUCGUUUGAAUGCUGCGGUGUGUACUUGACUUUUGCCAUCUUGACCAGGGCAGUGUGACAGAGAGGUCUUGAAUGGAGACAGACGUUCGUAUGUUUCUCAUUGAGUAGUGAGAUCUUCAUUUGCCUUCGGUAGACAUUUCCUAUGGAAAAUACAAAUUCUAUUUUGGAUUUUUCUUCAGGUCGUUGUACAGUGUUGACAUUCUCUCUGGCCAGAGACAGGUAUUGUUGUCGUGGAUUUUUUUAAAGUAAUUUUUUACUUGCUGGGGGAAAUCUGAGUUAUAUGAAAAAGUAGCUCAGCAGAAAAAAAUAAAUAAAUAUAUAUAUAUAUAUAUAUAUAUAUAUAUAUAUAUAUAUAUAGAAAUAGAAAUAUCGCUGUACUGUAAGGCAGUUCCAUUUGCCGUGGGGAAUCAAUUGGAUUAAGUUUUUUUUUUUUUUUGUCUUUAAGAACCCAUCCAUUCUUUAAAGACAGCAAAGCCAUUUGUUAUGGCGACAAAGACCGGCCUUUUUUGUGCCAUCUACAGCUCAAAGCUUUGCAGAGUGGCAAAGCUGUAAAAUAAGCUUGAUGGCAAGUGACAAUGAGCAUAUGGAGAAUGAAAUGCAUGUUGUCCUUCUGUCGACAACCUGUUGUUUUGCGAGCGUUUGGUAGUUAUCAUAGUGUGCUGUCGCAAGCUCUCGCAUUCAACAUGAGGUUGUGAGCUGUGCAGUUUAGUGUUUUAACCUGGGGACUCUGUGGCAUUCAAACAGUUAAGGAAAAGAAAAAGCCAGUAUUUGAUCUUUCUUCCUUUUCUUUUUGCUUAUUCUGUUUUUAUAUAAAGAAAGAUAUUUAAAGCACACAUAGACAUAGUCACAUGCACACAUUUGUAUAAGUGUGUUUGUUUUGCUUCAUAGUGUGAUUCGAUAUUAACAUUCACAAUGGGCUGUCACAUAAGAAUUCAUUAUAAUUAUUUUAUAAUUAUUUCUGCCUCCAAAAACAAUGAUAUAUGCAUCGAAAACAAAAAAAUACCAGUUCACAAAAAGUAAAUAUAAUUCAUUGUUUAUGCCGCAUUUAAUACAGUAUAUUUUGCAGUUAUUUAGAUCAUUUUACUUUUUCAAAGGGAAAUAUUGUAGCCUUCUGUUUUUGAAUAAUUUGCGUGCUUUUUUUUUUGUUUGCUUGGGUUUUUUUAUUUUUUUUUAUCACCCAUAACGUGAGAUGCUGAAAAUAACCUGAAAAAAAGAUUAGGCUAGCUAUUACAUCGAUUCUUUGAUUGAUUGAUUGUUUUUAUUGUCUGCAUUUUGUUGAUGAUUCAAUAAUUUUGGACCGAAGCUGCUAAAUCAUGUUGUAAGUAGUAUAGAGUAUCAUUCCCUGUUACAUUCAAGCUAUGAGCAAUGACUUUUAUACUGUAAACGAUUAUUUAUCGAGAGAUGGAUCUUAUGCCACUAUAUUUAUACCGCGGGUUCAUCAAACACAUUUCGAUCUCAAUGGAUACUUUGAAUCCUUCUAAAAUGGCUACAGUAUAUACUCAAGAGCAUUCAAACUAGCAUUUACACCUUUCCUUUGUAAUGGUUUGUGUAGAUAUGUGUUUGUUAUAUAAAAGAAAGAUUACUCUUAUUGGUGCACUAUGCAGGUUUCACUCUGUAGAAAGACAGGAUGAUGCUUAAGAUUACAUUACUUGUAUUUUUUUAAUAAUUGAAUCUGGAAUUGUAAAAGUGGUUAUCGAUGGUAAACAACAAGGUGAAUAAGCUGACAAAGCAUUUGAUAAGCAUUUCACGGAAGGCGGCCUGUCUUAUUGUUGCUAAAUAAACAUGCUCUUUCCAAUGUAUUUAACCUGUUGAAUGUUUUUUUUUUUUUUGUAUGUUCAAUUUCCUUUUAUGCUGUUGUUUAAUGGACCUUGAUGAUGAAUAAUUUUACCAUUCUGUGCAUUUUGUUACUCUGUAUCUUGUGGUAAUCGUUUCAACUUGUGUGUUCUUCAAAAGUAGAAAAGACCUUCAAGCUUUUUAGAUGGGUUUAGCUGCAGAAGAUGCAUUCCAACAUAUCAUGCAUACCAGCUGUUUGUUAAUGUUCCAUUUACAAACCUGUAUGCUACACUCGAUCCCUUUAGAUAUGAUAUUUGAAACCAUGGAUAUGUUUGUAUAUACACAUGACUAUCGUGCAUGCUAACCUUGCUAAAUUGAUAUUCAUGGAGCUUUUGCAACAGACGUAAGAAUGGUCUCACUGUCUUAAUUCAAACCAAUGAGCACAAGUGGGGAAAAUACAUUUUGAUACUUCGGUGUAAAUCAUCUCCAUUGCACUCCAGCUCGCAGCUGAAAAGACCCACAUUGCACUUGGUUUUACAGAAUUUCUGAUGUUAUUUUUGAAAUGAUGCCUGCAAAAUCAGGUGCCUUAUUCAGACAUGAAAACCCAAACUUGAUCUAUUGACAUUUUCUACAGAAACGAGAUUUUCCCCUUUAUGCCAAGAAUGAAAUCACAAGUUUCCUCUGAAAUUCUCUCUUAUUCUUUUUUUGUUUUUUUUCUGCUGUGUCGAGCAGUAAGCUUGCUUCAGAUGAGAAACUGUUGCUGCUUUGCCCUCAUACAGUUUUUUCAUUGAAAGAUGAAUGUAGUCUUCCUUCAGUGGAGUUCAAUAUGAUUAAACGUAGACUGUGUCCCAUAUGUUUUGUUUGAGAGACUAUCCAAAGAGUGCUGCAAUCAUAGACUCAUUUUUUUUUUUAAAUGUUUAUAUCACAUAUAAACCAUUUGAGAUUUCUUCUGUUCAUGUUCUUGGUUGGAAUUGUGACUCUGCCUUUGUUUUGACCUUGGUAGAAGCAGGUAAAUCCAUUUGUACAUGAUACAUUGUAACUUUUAUAUAUACGUUGGACAUACGCAGUGGUGGAUUCUGCCGAAGCCGUUAAGAAGGACAAAAAGCUUUGGAAAGACAAUGUCAAACCUUGUCAACAUUGUGUCCUUUCACCAAUGCUUAAGAUUAUUGUGCCUCCCGAUUCUUCUGGUUCUACUGUUCCUCAGAUCGCCGGCUAUGACCUGGAGCAGAGUCACUCACCAACGAACUGAAAUGGCCUUCAGCAGUUGUUCUCCAAUGAACAGAAACAAGUUUUUUCCAUGACACAAAAAGAGGUGCGCAUUGCUCGGCCUAGAUCGUCCUGAGACGGAAUUCGGUCGGCAAGUCUUGGUGGACCAGCAAACCGAUAACGGACGUCCCUGUUCGCCCAGUCGGGAUGCUUUCCUUGCACUCAAUCACUCCCUCAGAGAAAAGUUGAGUCUUCUUUUGGUGGUUUCCGCUGUAUGGUUCCCUUUUACAGCGAUGGGGGUGGGGGAAGAAGCUCUUCGUUUUAUUGGGUUCAAAAAACUUGGACAUUGGGUAGGAGUCCUGUCUCACCACCCAUGGUGCUGAAUUUCAAAAUACGUACUUGAACACUCUCAGAGCUGUGACUUGGCAUGCGCUGUCAGGUCCGUGAACUCUUCUCCUUCCCCGAUCUUAUGCUAGAAACCGUUCCGAAAUAAAGUUGCUCUUACGACAUCUGCUCAAGCCACUGCAACACCUGUGCCAAGACCUGACCCCACACCGGGCACUCAUGUUGGACUUGGACUGAACCAGUGGUUGGGUGGGAAAAGGGCCGUGCUAAUGUAGCGGUGAUAGCUUAUUUUGAUUGUCUGUUUGCUUGUUUGUUUAUUUUAAUUUCUAUUGAGGAAGAUAUGGAGAGCUAGUAGGGUCACUUGGACUGUUGGACCCAGAUCUCUUGCACUGAAGUGCACCGGACUCACUCCAAUCACUAUUCUGAAUCCAACGUUAUCAAAAAGGUAGUGGAGGAACACUCGCACCUGUCCGAUCACAUAUUUUUCUACACUGCAGUGAUUUACAUUCCCUUCUGACCGUUUGCCAAAUUUCCAUCAAGCGACUAAAUUGACCUUCAACAUUGGAAGCGGGUUUGCGAAAAUUUAACCAGGGCCACUGAAACCUUUUUGUUUAGAUUCUUUUUAGUUUCGAAAAUGCAUACAACAUUCAAUUUACAAUGAUUGUCAAUUAUUUGAAAACAAAAAUACACGAUACGUGAAUUUGUGCUUCUAAUGUUGUAUGGUAUUCUACUUGAUAAUUUAGCAUGGGAUUCUUAAGUAGCUAGUACUGUGUGUGUACUCCCCAAGUGUAAAGUAUUUCCUUUUUUUAUUUUUAUUUUGUGGUUCUAGUCACAGUAGGAAGGCUGUAUUUCAUUGCUAAGUGCUCUGUCAUAGAUCUCUUGUUGAUAUUCUUAAGCAAAACUCUGCAGAAGUGUAUCCUACUGAAACUAACAGUUACUUGAUCCUAUUAGCAAUGUCUAUAUUUGUAGUUCACAUAUAUGCCUGUUCAAAUACAAUAUCUUGACAGUUGUUCUAUUUAUGUUUCAGUGUUGUGCUGGGUUUCGACAUACAUAGGACAUUUUCUUUCACUGUUAUUUCUUUCUUUUUUUUUCCUAUGGCACAACUAGUUGGAGAACAGCUUGGUUUAUCGAGCCUUGUUAGUGUACAGAUGUGAAGUAGGCUUAAAAGCAGUUGUGAUUGAUCUUCAAAAUGUGUCUGUUUGUGUUAUUGUGACUCUUAUUAUUUGAUUUCAUUUCUUUCUAGUAUCCUUAAUUAUGUCACUGUAUUGUAUCAGCCAGGAGUUGGUACCACAAUUCUGCUUGUAACCAUGAUAGUCUAAUUCUGUUAUUGAUUUUACUAUCAAAAUAAACAUUAGAAACUGCA